UAUUCUUCCGUUCCAUCGAACGAUCCCCCCCACCCUCCUCCUCAGUCAGUCAAUUCGUCGAUCACCUGUCGAUCGACGGCCAGGAAGGAACCGAAUUCGCUCCGCCAUGGACGCCGCCGCCGCAGCCGACGACGGCCUCCUCGGCUCCCUCCCUCCCCCGCUCCCCAUGUUCCUCGCCAUGUUCCUCGCCGUCUACCUCGCAGGGCACGCCGCCGUGUUCCGCGGGUGGAGCCGCGAGGCCCGGCCCGAGGCCUCCAGCUGCCUGAUCUCCCUCGCCCACGGCACCCCCGCCGUCGCCCUCGCCUCCCUCGCCCUCCUCUCCGACCCGUCCCGCGGCUUCUCGUCCCGCAACACCGGGGCCCAGGACGCCGUCCUCGAGUACAGCAUCGCCUACUUCUUGGCCGAUCUCUUGCAUUACGUCGUGUUCUACCCCGGGGAUCUUCUCUUCAUCGGCCACCACUUGGCCACUCUCUUCGUCUUCCUCACCUGCAGGUACUUGGUCCGCCACGGGGCUUUCGCGAUCUUGGUCCUCUUGAUCCUUGCGGAGGUCACGAGCGCUUGCCAGAACGCAUGGACGUUGGCAGGUGCGCGGAGGAGAGACUCGGCUCUUGCGGCUAAGGUGUUUGAUGCUUUGUCUGCACCUUUCUAUUCGUUUUAUUCUGUCGUCAGGGGGCUUUUAGGUCCGCUCUUUCUGUAUAAAAUGGGGGCGUUCUAUGCGAGUGGCGGGGCUGAAGGUGUGAUUCCAAAGUGGGUUUGGGUUUCUUGGCUGGUGGUGGUUUCAAUUGCCAUUGGUGUUAGCAUUCUGUGGGUGUCCAAUCUUUGGGUUGAGUUCUUCAGGGAAAGAAGCAGAGGUGGACUGGAGAAAAAGUCGAGAUAGUCUUUUCUCUUUGUUCUUCCCGUUGUAAUGAUAAUGUAUUUUAUGGUACACAUCUUAGAGAAGAUAAAAGCUCAGGUCAUUUAUAUUCCUCCCCAGAUGUCUGAAUGAACAGUUUCGGUGAUGAAUUAUGGAUCGUUUUCUUCGGGGGUUUGGGUUGAGGCGUUGAUCGGGGGGUGUUAUAGUCGAAGUGUAUCAAUUAUAGGUUUAUUUUAGUGGCAGGAUAUAAAAGAAAUUCACGAAUAUAUCCAUAAGCAUUUCUCAUGCUUCUGCAGUAUCAAUUCGUGCCUUUCAACUCUGUCUUUAUUA